UUGGCCUGUCUUCAGCCAAACAUUUCUAAAUAAGAAAGUAUAGAAAUGGAAGAAGCAGCACAAAAUCUUGGGCAUGGAAACAAACAGUUAGCAGAAAGAGUAGCAUCAUCAACAACAACAAACCUAGAGCUAACAGUGGAGGCGGUGGUAGAGGAGUAUGUAGGAUCCAUGGGGUGGUCACAAUUUUUGCAUGUGUUCUUGGUUUCGAUAGCAUGGGUAUUUGACUCCCAAAACACAUUGGUUACUAUCUUCAGUGAUGCUCAACCGACAUCUUGGAGAUGCGUAAAUAAUUCGUCAUCGUCUCUGUGCAUGUCUAGUAGCAGCAGAGGUGAUGUUUCUUCUGUUUGUGGAUUGACGCCAGGCACUUGGGAAUGGGUUGGUGGCCAUGAAAGUUCCAUUGUUGCUGAAUGGGGUCUUAUUUGUGACCGCAGGUUCCUUGCUGCUAUACCUGCCUCACUGUUCUUUAUUGGUUCUCUCUUGGGUUCUGCUUUUUUUGGCUGCUUAGCAGAUGCAUCCCUCGGCCGAAAAAGAACAGUGCUGCUCUCAUGUAUCCUGUCCUCUGCCACUGCUUUCCUCACAUCCCUCUCACCGAACAUUUGGAUAUACGCAUUGCUUCGAUUCGCGAAUGGUUUUUCUCGAUCUGGAAUAGGAAUUUGUUGUAUUGUUCUAGCUACAGAGGUUGUCGGACGCAAAUGGCGAGGUCCAGUCAGCCAAUAUGGCUUCUUCUUCUUCACUGCAGGAUUUUUUUCCCUUCCUCUAAUUGCCUAUCCUACAAGAGCUAAUUGGAGGAAUUUAUACAGAAUCAUAUCACUUCUUCCUCUAUCCUACUCAGUUUUGUUCUUCCCUUUUGUCUCAGAAUCUCCGCGCUGGCUUCUUGUUAGGGGAAGGAGCAAAGAAGCCCUCGAUGUUUUGAAAACAUUCGCCAGGCGUAAUGGCAAGACACUUCCUGAAAACCUCUCUCUUUUGAAUCCUUCAGAACCUAAAGAGGGUGGUGAAAAUGAAGCAUUGACAAAAACAUGCACCAAAGAAAGCCUGUGGAGGACAAAAUGGGCUGCUAAAAGAAUGAUCACAGUUAUGAUAGCAGGUUUUGGAGUUGGUUUUGUUUACUAUGGUGUUCAACUGAAUGUUGAGAACCUGAAUUUCAACCUUUAUUUCUCUGUUGGGAUCAAUGCAUUGAUGGAAAUUCCUGCAAUUGUCUUCGGUACUAUACUGUUAGGCCUCACUAGCCGGCGACUUCUCUUCUCACUGUCUGCUUUUCUAGCUGGGAUUUCAUGCCUUCUUUGCAUCAUUUUUGCUCAUGGAAAAAAACACGUAAAGAAGGCAGAAAAAUCCAGUGCGGGGAGUUGGGCUCAACUGAUUAUUGAAGGAAUUGGUUUCAUGGCUGCUUCAAUAGCAUUUGAUGUCUUGUAUAUUUAUUGUGUUGAGCUCUUCCCUACCAACGUGAGAAACUUUGCUUUGUCACAGUCAAGACUAUCCUUGAUGUUGGGUGCUUCUAUAGCACCUUUGCUAGUUGCUGCUGGUCGCUUAAGCCCGUCUCUUUCUUUCCUCAUAUUUGGGAUCCUCUCCAUUUUUAGUGGAGUUGUAAGCUUGUGGCUACCUGAGACAAAAAACGCUCCGCUUUAUGACUCUUUGAAGCAACAAGAAGAAGAGGAGAAACACGGAGCUGUGGGUCAAGGUAAUAUUCAGGCGUAGAGCUUGGAGAGAAGAUGAAAAAAAUAAAAUAUAUAGUGUCUUUCCAUAUGUAUGAUAAUUGUGCUCUCUUCCAAAAGCUCCUUGUUUUAAUUCAAAUUUCA